GGGCCGCCGCACCUACGAAAGGUGGCGCAGUUCCGGCGAAAGGCGGCGCGGCUCCGGCGAAAGGCGGCGCGGCCGCGGCGGGCGGGAAAGGCAAAGGAAAGAAGCGGGGCGGCGGCUUCGACGCAACCAGCAGCCAGGAGUACAUCACGCCCAAGGAACCGAUGCGGGCGCUCUGGUGGACCAAGAAGCGGAAAAACCAGCUCCCGGACGACGGCGCGCACGUGUGGACCGACGUGCCGGAUCUGUACAAGGAGUAUUUUCAGAAAGAGGCGGAGGUGGAGUCGGAGUUCGUGAAGCGGUUCGGCAAGAAGAAAGCCGCCGUGAAGGAGGCGCCAAAAAAGGAGGACGCGGACAAGAAAAAGGAGGACAAACCGAAGUUGUAUGGAUUGCAAAAACGUCUGGGUCUGGAAGAUUGCAACUUGUCAUGCUAAAUCCGAAUCAUGCAAAAAUCUGUGUUGCAUGAGUGCCAAAAGCUGUCCACCUUCGACCAAGUUGGGAGGGAGCUUCUCAUGCAGGAUAGGCAUGAUAGAGACCUCGCAGUUUCUGUCAUGCUAGGUCCCUCUUCCAAUGUGUAUCGGUUGAGGACUGCCCCCUUCAUCCUAAGCGCCAUCAGCCAUGGUAUCUGGAAAACCUGCAUGACAAGUUUGCACUCCUCCAGACCCAGACAUAUUUGCAAUGCAUAAGUUGAAGCUGCUGACGAUCAUCGACGACCCCAUGAAGCAGGGCGGUCUGAACGCGGCCUGCAAGACCCUGCCAGAACCCACGGUAUUGCAGCGGGCGAUACUGGACCUGGACGACGUAGAAAUCGACGUGAACACCUUGGAAUGGGUCCGGCGGGACCUGUGCCCGGAUCCGGGCCAGUUGGCGCAGCUGAACACGCUGCGGAACGAAAACAAGGGCGUCCCCUUCGCCGUGCCAGAAACCUACAUGCUCGCGAUCGCGCACGUAUACUUGUUUUUGUAGCGCCGGGAAUUACUUCUGUACUUUGGGAAAAUAUAAAUAACUAAACGCAUUAUCAUGAUGUUGAGCCUGGAAAAAGACUCGCUUGCCAAUGCUGUGGCUUUGGAUUUCAAGAAUCAGUAUCGAAAAUCUAUAGCGAGAUGAAAACUACAUUAGGUUCCCGGGUACAUGCAGCGUCUGGACUGCUGGCUUUUUUCGCGCACCUACGAGGAAAGGCUGAAGAAGUGCAUGACCGCGUACUUGGCAUUUCAAGCCGUGAUGCGGAGUUUGCGCACAAGUAAGGAAUUUCGGAAGCUUCUCGGCCUGAUUCUGUGCGCCGGGAAUUACCUGAACGGGGGGACCGACCGCGGGCAGGCGGAGGGCGUGGAUCUGGACGUGUUGACCAAACUUGACGCCGUGAAGGACGUGGAGGGGAAGAUGCUGAGUUUUUGUAUGCAUUGCAAAUAUGUCUGGGUCUGGAAGACAGUAACUUGUGAUGCUGAGUCUACACCCUGUAAAAAUCUGUGCUGCAUGACUGCCAACAGUUGUCCACUUUUGACCAGGUUGACAGGGAGUUUCUCAUGCGGGAUAGGCAUGAUAAAGUUAGAGAUCUCACAGCUUCUGUCAUGCUCAGUGCUGCAUUCCAGACCUCAUGGGUCAUGGAAAACCUGCAUGGCAAGUCUUCCAUUCGUCCAGACCCAAACAUAUUUGCACUUGAUACUUUGGGUCGUCCAACAAUUUUUCACGGCGCCGUUUUUCACGCGGCAGCAGGGUCCGAACGGGGAGGACCCAAGAGAGCUGCUGUUUGAGGAGCUCCGCCCACUCUUCUCCGCGGUGCGGCGACGGAUCGAGAAGUCGAGCGAUGGCGUCGAGUCCCUGGCCAAGCAGGUGUCCGUCUCGAUCGAGGACUACGACCAAAUCGCGGACCAAAUCAAACAGGAGUGCGACCAGCGGUACGAGAUGCUCCGCGCCUGCCUGUGCCAGUUCGAGGACCCCGCGGACAGUUUCCGGACGGUGCUUGCGCCGCUGUUCGCGACCGCUUCGGAGUCGUAUGAGAGUGCACAACGACAACCCCUCCUCGCCCUUAUUUGGAUGGCAUGACAAGCAAUACAAACACCAGCACAGCACAUGGAUGCUGUGCAUCACAUGUUCAUGCGCCGAUUGUAGCGGUGUUUCCAGAACUUUUCAUGCCAACAGUGCUACAAGGCCACAACAACUGGAUUGGGAUUUUUGCAUGACAAACGAGGGGCAGGGGAGUUUUCCACCCUCAUAAGCCCGUGGACGAGUUGAUCGCGAAGAAAAAACAGGUAAAGCAGGAGUACGAAGAUUUGUUGAAGUAUUUCACGAUGGGACAAGUGAAGGCGGCGACGUUGAUCAAGAUGAUCGACGACAUGCUUGUUCCCGGGGACCAGAUCACGAACAAACCCGAAAAAUUGAAAAAAGCCUACUUUGUCCCGCAGUUCUGCGGGAACCGCACCCCGACGGCAGACAGCAUCAUGGCCCUUUGGGACCUGAAGGAGCCCGAGUUGCGGUCGGAAGAUAUGCAUUGCAAAUAUGUCCUCUGGGUCUGGAAACUUGUCAUGCUGUUUGACGAAUCCCGCGGACGCCUUCAUUGACAGCCAAGCAUGACAAGUUUUGGAAUUGCUAUAGUGUUGCUUAUCUGCUUGACAAAGUGCGUUUCUGCAUGACAGAGAAGUGUGGCUUUUGGGUGGCGUGCAGGACAGACUUGAGAGCCAUGCUAGCCGUGCAUGGCAAGCCUUGCAUUCUCCCAGACCCAGACAUAUUUGCAUUUGAUAGAAGAGUCGCUGGGACAAAAGAAGCCGCGAGCGACCGGUGCGCGAAAGACGGAGAAUCGGCGGGGAAUCCGGGGAAAAACUUCCACCGCGACGGGUGGUGCAGACGGGGCGAAGACGAGCGUGCGAGGUGCUGGGAUUGGGAAGAAUUCCGCGCUGAAUGUUGGAAGUGAGAGUAUUUCUAAAGACAGCACAGAACAACAAACCACUAGCACUGAGAAAAAAGGUGAGCAGGACAAGGAAGGUCCAAAUCGUACCGGUGAUGAAGUGGAGAAAACUGCUCAUGGUGACAAGGCACCACCAGAGAAACAAGCAGGAGAGCUGCAAGGGUCAGCCGCAGGUACACCAAAUAAAGCAUCGAAUGCCGUGGUGGAACAAGUGAAGAAAAGCCCCGCAACUGCAACACAAUCAUCAGAAGACAAAGCCGCUGCAGCAGCGGACACCAGCAAAGCUAGCAGCACAAAUUCGCCAAAGCGAAGUCAGCGCCUCUCCGUCGCAGCAGCAGAGAAACAAGAGAACCACGACUCAACUUUGACGCCCAGCAAACGGCGAAAGACCAGUGUUGCAGCAUCGAAAUUACGGAGCGCAUCUCGAGGGAAAUCGCCAAAAGAGGACGCGGAGGAGAACAAAGACCCGUCUUCGGAGAAGAAAGAGACACCAAUUGAGGCUGCGCAAAUUCAGAUCAACAUCGUGCAGCCCCCUUCGAGCAGCAGUUCUGACUCCUGUGGCGUGCCCCAAGCCGCGGCGAAUAGUGUGCCAGCGGGUAUGCGCCGCGGCUCGGCGUUGCUAGGAGCCUCCGCCGCGGACCCGCGAACAUCAAGUGCGCAUUUGUCGCCCAGCGCGAGCAGCGCCGGCACGCCGAGCCAGACAAAGGAAAACAAGUUAGCAAGUACCGGAAAGGACGUGGUAACGAAUGGAAAAGAUGCCACUGCGCCUGCAGCUUCUAAAGGUGCUGUCGUAUUAAAGGGCAAACAAGCACCAGCAGCCGGUCCACCUGCUCCCGCCGCCGCGACCGGAAAGAAUGACACCGGACCCCCUGCUACGGGAGCAAAAGCUGCGGUUGUUGCGCCCGGAACCAAAGGCGGCAAACCACCACCGGCGGCUGGAGGAAAGGGAGGGAAGCCUCCGCCGCCCGGUGCGAAGCCUUGGUGCCCGCCAGAAAAGCUUAGCACUGGGGACUAGUUUGUAUGGUGUAAACAAUUCAACAUCCGAAACGAUUUUGGUUUUGCGUAUCGUGCACUGCGGCGCGAAAAAAUGCUGAUUGAUGAAUUUUUCAAAUCCAAUGAUCACUUACUAGUAUACUAUACUGAAUCUUUUGUAUCUGAAAGUUACUUAGGACGUCCAAAACCAAUCGAAUACUUUUUCAGCGUUGGUGUAACAAAAGUUCGCAACGCCCCCCCAAAAAUGUCUGAAGCUCUUCAUCUAAUUCACCGAACACUUUUGCAGAAACAACAGAAGCGUCCUCUAUAGGCGCAUACCAAAUUAGAAUAAAGAUAAACAUUGGUUGCCAUAGAAUGUAACAAUAACUCUACUUCUAGCCGAUCGGGAUGAAACUGAGGAUGCCUAGGCCUCUACAACAACCAUCAAAAUGAAUACCAAUACAGUUUUGCGGCUUCUUGAAAAUGAACAUGAACAAAGAACCUCCAAUAGAGGAAGUCUUCAUGUCCUCUCCCUAAGAUUGAUUUUCAGCAAGAGCAACUCCAACGUGCGUGCACUCCUUAUCGUUGUUGG